ACGCAAAUGAUAACUUGGAUUCUGGUCCCAACCACUUCCAGCCCAUGGUGGCAGUCCUGUGCGGACAUGGAAAGUUGCUGAACAAAUACCUUGACGAAAACCGUCGAUGGGUGACCGAUACAGAUCCUAAAGCCACCUGUACCAAGGAUAAACUUGAGAUCCUCGAAUACUGUCGAAAGAUGUAUCCAUCAAAAGAUAUCACAAAUAUUGUUGAAUCUAGUCGCUACUUCAAAAUUGACAACUGGUGCAAACCUGGCCAGAAAAAAUGCAAAGCCAGUCAUUGGGUGAAGCCUUACAGAUGUCUCCAAGGACAGUUCCAGAGCGAUGCAUUGUUAGUACCUGAGCACUGCCUUUUUGAUCACAUUCAUAAUCAAAGCAUAUGUCAGACUUUUGAUGAGUGGAACAACACUGCAGCACACAGCUGUCUUGAUAGAACCAUGCAGCUCAGGAGUUUUGCUAUGUUGCUCCCUUGUGGUGUUGAUCUAUUCUCUGGGGUUGAAUUCGUUUGCUGCCCAAAGAAUGAGAAAGACAUUGGUUUAGUUAAUGACGAAAGUCGCAAAGGUGAUAAUGGAGUUGAUUCUGAAGACAGUUCUGAUGAAGAUGAAGAUUAUGAUGAUGAUUAUUAUGAUGAUGAUGAUUAUUCUGAUGAUGAUGAUGAAGAUAAUUCUCGUCCUUCCACAACUAGCACUACAACUACCACUACAACCACCACUACAACUACCACCACCACUGAAAGACCUGUUGAUUAUUACUACAGCCAUUUUGACAAAAAGCAUGAACAUGAAUUCUUUAAAGAGGCUCAAAAAUCUUUGGAAGAAAGUCAUAGAGAACGUGUUACCAAAGUGAUGAAAGAAUGGAGUGAGCUUGAAGAGCGAUACCAAGAAAUGAAAGUGAAAGAUCCUAAAGCUGCUGAAGAUUUCAGGAAGAAAAUGAGUGCUAGAUUCCAGAAAACUGUUGAAGCUUUAGAAGAAGAAGGAUCUGCGGCAAAACGACAAAUGUCUGCUAUGCAUCAGCAACGUAUUAUGUCCAUUAUCCACAUGAGGAAGAAGGCUGCAAUGGAUUGUUAUACUGCUGCUUUAGAUCAGACUUCUCCAAAGACAAAGAAAAUUGAAAAGUGCUUGGAAAAACUUCUUCGGGCUUUGGAAAAAGAUCGACGUCACACUCUUAAUCAUUAUCGCCAUUUGCUUAACUCAAAUUUCAAACAGGCUCUUAAAGAAAAAGAAGCGACAUUGGAGCAUUUAGAUAGCUUAAAUAAAAUUGCUAACCAAAGCCUUGCCAUGCUGGACCGAGUUCCUAAUGUUGCUGAUAAGAUAAGGACGAGAAUGGUUGCAGUCUGGCAUCAUUUGCAUGGAUUGGGGCCAAAGGCAACAAUUACUCGUGAUGCAGAUGAAGCUAUUGUGGAAAAAUAUAAAGAAGAAGUAACAGAAAAACAAAAAGAACGUGAAAGGCAGAAGAAGCUUAUGGAAGAGAGGAGGCAAGAACUGAAAGAGCUACGUGAAGAAAAGAAACGAGUUGAAGCUAAUCAUGGUGGCAAAUUAGAGCAAGAGUUUGAUCCAGAAACUAUGGAAGAUGAAAGUGUCCUUGCACAGAGUACAGCAAAGCCAGAGCCCUCAAAGUUAGCUGAUUUAUCUGGUGUUGAGCAUAACUCUCUUGAUCAUGAGGAAAUGCCCAUACCUAAAAUGGCACACAUCCAGAACCAAGCCUUUCAUCAUAAUGAAGUUACAUUUUCUGUAAGAAAAGAGAGUAUGGAAAGGCUAAGAUGGAAUGGAAGUGUGUACAUCACUUUGGCAUUUGCUGGUGUUGCAUUGCUCACAGCCAUGAUUGUUGGCAUAGUUCUGCUGCGGCGACACUCGCAUCGCUCCCCUCAUGGGCAGGGAUUCAUUGAAGUGGACCAAGCUGCAACCCCAGAAGAAAGGCAUGUUGCUAACAUGCAAAUCAAUGGUUACGAGAAUCCCACUUAUAAGUAUUUUGAAACUCAGAGCAACUGAAUAUUACUUAAUAUUUUGCUUCAUACACACAUUGUGUUACUAACCAACACUUUACUAGCAUUUUAGUCGCCAGUUUUAGUAACAACAGAAAAGCCAAAAAAAAAAAAAAAAGAAAGAAAGAAAAAAUUUGCAAGAAAAAAAUUCCUUUGUAGUUUGAAUGAUGAUAGCAUUGGCUAUAGGGUGACUAUGAAGUGAAUUUAAUUUGAAAGGAGAAAAAAUGAAUUUCUGUAUUUUGAAAGUUAACAAAUUAGCUAGCUUUUCAAGCUUUGUUAAAAAAAAAA